UCUGCCACCCGGGCUCAUCUGAAGGGUGGCAGUUGGUGAUUGUUCUGAGAACAGGAGCAAGUUCUACAGUCUGGUUUGAGUACAAGCAUGAGAUUGAAUUUGUGAAUGCCUUCCGUGGUGUCUGAAGACAUCUUUUUUUCUGUGACUUUGACUUCCUCCGUUGAAUUUGUCAGCUGUUGUUUCUAAGAGGACUUUGUCAUGACUCUGCUGGAACCUGAGAUGUUAAUGAUGGCUGUACAGUCAGUGCUGCAGUUGAAACUCCAGCAGCGCCGAACCCGGGAAGAGCUGGUGAGCCAAGGGAUCAUGCCGCCUUUGAAAAGUCCAGCUGCAUUUCAUGAGCAGAGAAGGAGCUUGGAGCGGGCCAGGACAGAGGACUACCUGAAACGGAAGAUCCGUUCCCGGCCAGAGAGAUCGGAGCUGGUCAGGAUGCACAUUUUGGAAGAGACCUCGGCUGAGCCUUCCCUCCAGGCCAAGCAACUGAAACUCAAGAGAGCCAGACUAGCUGAUGACCUCAAUGAGAAGAUUGCCCAGAGGCCUGGCCCCAUGGAGCUGGUAGAGAAAAACAUCCUGCCUGUGGAGUCCAGCCUGAAGGAAGCCAUCAUUGUGGGCCAGGUGAACUACCCGAAAGUGGCAGACAGCUCUUCCUUUGACGAGGACAGCAGCGAUGCCUUAUCCCCUGAGCAGCCUGCCAGCCAUGAGUCCCAGGGCUCAGUGCCAUCACCCCUGGAGGCCCGCAUCAGCGAACCACUGCCGAGUGCCACUUCUGUGUCCCCCACUCAGGUUCUUUCACAGCGCCCACUGGUCCCAGAUUCUGGAGAAACACUCUUCGUGGCAGAGCAGCCGCCUCUGCCUCCCCCGCCUCUGCUGCCUCCCAGCCUCACCAAUGGAACCACCGUCCCUACUGCCAAGCCUGCCCCCACGCUCAUCAAGCAAAGCCAACCCAAGUCUGCUGGAGAGAAGGCACAGCGCAGCAAGAAAGCCAAGGAGCUGAAGCCCAAGGUGAAGAAACUCAAGUACCACCAGUAUAUCCCACCUGACCAGAAACAGGACAAGGGGGCACCUGCCAUGGACUCGUCGUAUGCCCGAAUCCUGCAGCAGCAGCAGCUCUUCCUGCAGCUGCAGAUCCUCAACCAGCAGCAGCAGCAGCACUACAACUACCAGACCAUCCUGCCGGCCCCGCCCAAGCCUGCAGGUGAGGCUCUGGGAAGCAACGGGGCCCCCCCAGUACGUAGCCUCUCUGCCUCCAAUGGCUGUACCAGCUCAAGUGCCCCAGGGCCCGGGGGCCUGGCCCGUCAGAACAGCACUCCUCUUUCUGGCAAGCCAGGAACCCUGCCAGCCAAUCUGGACGACAUGAAGGUGGCGGAGCUGAAGCAGGAGCUGAAGUUGCGGUCCCUUCCGGUCUCUGGCACCAAGACCGAGCUGAUCGAGCGCCUGCGUGCCUACCAGGACCAAGUUGGCCCUGUGCCUGGGGCAUCCAAGGCUCCCACCACCCCCUCCCUGCUGUCCAAGGCAGGCGAGGUGGUGGUCGCCUUCCCAGCGGCCCGGCUGAGUACUGGGCCGGCCUUGGUGACCGCAGGCCUGGCCCCAGCUGAGGUGGUGGUGGCCACAGUGACCAGCAACGGUGUGGUUAAGUUUGGCAGCACUGGCUCCACGCCCCCGGUGUCUCCCACACCCUCGGAGCGCUCCUUGCUCAGCACAGGCGACGAGAACUCCACGCCAGGGGACGCCUUCGGCGAGACGGUGACGUCGCCGUUGACACAGCUCACGCUGCAGGCUUCGCCGCUGCAGGUGCUGGUAAAGGAGGAGGGUGCGGUGCGGGAGCCGGAGGGUCUGGACAAGGACCAGAUGCUGCAGGAGAAGGACCGGCAGAUUGAGGCGCUGACGCGCAUGCUCCGGCAGAAGCAGCGGCUGGUGGAGCUGCUCCGGCUGCAGCUGGAGCGGGAGAAGCGUGCGCAACAGCCGGGCGCCCCGGUGAAGCAGGAAGGUGGGCUCCCCAGCUGCCCCCUCAGCCGCCAGCCCCCGGCCACUGUGCGCCCCUUCAGCCCCGGCCUGGCGACCCCCAUCACCAGCCAGGGAGAUGCUGGGGCUGUGGCUGUGAAGCAGGAAGCUGCGCCGCCUGAACCUGAGCCCGCACCAGGCUCGCAGCUGCUCCUAGGCCCGCAGGCCAGUGGCCUCCUCCAGGGCAUCACACCACCCACCCUUGUCACCGACGCCACAGGGACUCACCUUGUCCUCACUGUGACCAACAAGAACACAGACGGCCCGGGCCUACUUGGCGGGAGCCCCCUGCAGCCCUUGUCCCAGCCCAGCUCUCCAGCCUCUGGUCCACCUGCCCAGAUGGACCUGGACCACCCACCACAGACCCCAUUUGGGACCCCAGCUUCUCUGCUGAAGAAGGAGCUGCCUGGCUACAAGGAGGCUGUGACCCAGCAGCCCAAACAUCAGGAAAAUGGUUCUUCAAGCCAGCAGAUGGAUGAUCUGUUUGAUAUUCUGAUUCAGAGUGGAGAAAUUUCAGCAGAUUUCAAGGAGCCACCAUCUCUACUAGGGAAGGAAAAGUCGCCUUCGGCAGCCUGCGGGUCCCCGCUGGCAGUACAGCCAUUGCCGGCUGUUGAGUUCCCCCAGGCUGCACCGCCUCCCCCAGGCUUGCCUGCACUCCCAGGGCGUCUGGAGGACUUCCUGGAGAGCAGCACGGGGCUGCCCCUGCUGACUGGUGGACACGAGGGGCCAGAGCCCCUGUCCCUCAUCGAUGAUCUCCACAGCCAGAUGCUGAGCAGCUCUGCCAUCCUGGACCACCCCCCGUCACCCAUGGACACCUCAGAACUGCACUUUGCCCCUGAACCUAGCAGUGGCGUGGGCCUGGACCUGGCCGACGGCCACCUGGACGGCAUGGACUGGCUGGAGCUCUCGUCAGGUGGUCCUGUGCUCAGCCUGGCGCCCCUCAGCACCGCCACACCCAGCCUCUUCUCCACAGACUUCCUCGAUGGCCACGAUCUGCAGCUGCACUGGGACUCCUGCUUGUAGCUCUCCGCCCCAGAGACGGGGGCCAGAAAGGGGCUGAAAGUUACAGGACUGGAGCCAACAAGGCUCGGUGUGGCUGUGAGUCUCGACAAUCACAGUCCCUGAGUGGCUGGCGUGGAGGGGCCACUGCUGGCUCUGGCUCACCCAGGGCAGAGGAGGAGCUGCCAAGCAGCAGCUCUGGGUCUCUGCUGGGGCUUUGGAGGCCUAGCCAGGGCCGUUUCAAUUCGACCUCCUUUUCUGAGGUCAGAGGUGCAGCAUCGGACAGCAACUCCCCCUUUGUGAGGAAGAAAGGCUCCCGGGCCUCUCCUCCCCAUCAGCCGCACCAGGGUUCCACAGCUUCCUGCCAUGUUAGUGUCUUGCUGUAGUGUGACCGUUUAGAGGUUGGUGGUAAAACUUCUCUGUACAGGUGUAUAUACCUCUAUAUUAUAUAUCAUCAUACAAUAUAUACGUAUAUUUGUAGGGGUGCAGGAGAUGAGUGCAGUUGCCUCGCCCUGCUUUCACAUGCAGAAGGGCCUGGAGUGCUGGAGACCGGAGGCAGGGUCACCCCGAGUGAUGUGCCACGUGGCUUGGCCCACCCCUCACGUGUGCUGACACGCAGACACCCUGUCACAGCCCCGUGCCCACCUUCCCGCUGCCUGGCUCCUUAGUGCCACGAGGGCAGAGGGGCUUCCUUGCCCACCCCCUGCCUCACUGCAGCCAACUCAGCCCUGGGACAGGAGGGGCUGCCGCCACUGGCCUCAAUAUGCUGGACUGUUUCAUGGGGGUAAAGGGGUGAAGUCACCAAAACCAGUGGCUGGGACAAAGGUGGGAACUGUGUGAACUUUUUAAAAUAAAAACA